AGUGGCCAAGAGAUUUGCAUGGUAGACAGCAAGGACUGGAUUUUUAAAAAGAGUAAACCAGGCCCGUGACCAAGGUGUAGACUAAGAGGUGGAGUCAUGCUUCACACGGCCAUAUCAUGUUGGCAGCCAUUCCUGGGUCUGGCUGUGGUGUUAAUCUUUAUGGGGUCCACCAUUGGCUGCCCUGCUCGCUGCGAGUGCUCUGCCCAGAACAAAUCUGUUAGCUGCCACAGAAGGAGACUGAUUGCCAUCCCAGAGGGCAUUCCCAUCGAGACCAAAAUCUUGGACCUCAGCAAGAACAGACUGAAAAGCAUAAACCCUGAAGAAUUCAUGUCAUACCCUUUACUAGAGGAGAUAGACUUGAGUGACAACAUCAUUGCAAACGUGGAGCCAGGAGCAUUUAACAAUCUCUUCAACCUGCGUUCCCUUCGCCUAAAAGGCAAUCGCCUAAAAUUGGUCCCUUUGGGGGUAUUCACGGGGCUAUCCAACCUCACCAAGCUUGACAUUAGUGAGAAUAAGAUCGUCAUCUUACUGGACUACAUGUUCCAGGAUCUGCAUAACCUGAAGUCUCUAGAAGUGGGGGACAAUGAUUUGGUUUAUAUAUCACACAGGGCCUUUAGUGGGCUGUUUAGCUUGGAGCAGCUCACCUUGGAGAAAUGCAACCUAACAGCCGUACCAACAGAAGCCCUCUCCCACCUCCGCAGCCUCAUCAGCCUGCAUCUGAAGCAUCUCAAUAUCAACAGUAUGCCCGUGUAUGCCUUUAAAAGAUUGUUUCACCUGAAACACCUAGAGAUUGACUAUUGGCCUUUAUUGGAUAUGAUGCCUGCCAAUAGCCUCUAUGGUCUCAACCUCACAUCUCUCUCAGUCACCAAUACAAACCUGUCCACAGUACCCUUCCUUGCCUUCAAACACCUGGUAUAUCUGACCCACCUUAACCUCUCUUACAAUCCCAUCAGCACUAUUGAAGCAGGGAUGUUCUCCGACCUGAUCCGCCUUCAGGAGCUUCAUAUAGUGGGGGCCCAGCUCCGUACCAUUGAGCCUCACUCCUUCCAAGGGCUCCGCUUCCUUCGUGUGCUCAAUGUGUCUCAGAACCUACUGGAAACUUUGGAAGAGAAUGUCUUCUCUUCCCCUAGGGCUUUGGAGGUCCUGAGCAUUAAUAACAACCCACUGGCCUGUGACUGCCGUCUCUUGUGGAUCCUUCAGCGGCAUCCCACACUGCAGUUUGGUGGCCAGCAGCCCAUGUGUGCUGGCCCAGACACCAUUCGUGAGCGAUCCUUCAAGGAUUUCCAUAGCACUGCUCUCUCUUUCUAUUUUACCUGCAAAAAACCCAAAAUUCGUGAAAAAAAGUUACAGCAUCUGCUAGUGGAAGAAGGGCAGACAGUCCAGCUAGAAUGUAAUGCUGAUGGAGACCCUCAGCCUGUGAUCUCCUGGGUAACACCUCGAAGGCGUUUUAUUACCACCAAGUCCAAUGGAAGAGCCACCGUGUUGGGUGAUGGCACCUUGGAAAUCCGUUUUGCCCAGGAUCAAGACAGUGGGAUAUAUGUUUGCAUUGCCAGCAAUGCUGCUGGAAACGACACCUACACAGCCUCCUUGACUGUGAAAGGAUUCACCUCAGACCGCUUCCUUUAUGCGAACAGGACCCCUAUGUACAUGACUGACUCCAAUGACACCAUUUCCAAUGGCACCAAUGCUAAUACUUUUUCCCUGGACCUUAAAACAAUACUGGUGUCUACAGCCAUGGGCUGUUUCACAUUCCUGGGGGUGGUUUUAUUUUGUUUUCUCCUCCUUUUUGUGUGGAGCCGAGGGAAAGGCAAGCACAAAAACAGCAUUGACCUUGAGUAUGUGCCCCGAAAAAACAACGGUGCUGUUGUGGAAGGGGAGGUGGCUGGACCCAGGAGGUUCAACAUGAAAAUGAUUUGA